AUGGAGAAUGUGGCGGUGCGGGCGCCAGCACACGCCAAGCUGGCAGGGCACAGAAAUGUCUGUGCCGGCGUGGCGCGUGCGCUGGGCAGCGCCGGCGCCACUGUGUAUGUGACAGGGCGCAGCGUGCGGGGCGGGGCGCCGCCGGCGGACGGAGCUGCGGGCACGGUGCAGGACACUGCAGACGAGGUUGCGGCGCUCUUCUCCCGCGUGCAGCGGGAGCAGGGGCGCCUAGAUGUGCUGGUGAAUGCGGCCUGGGGUGGCAACGAGCUGCCUCGGCUGCAGGCAGACUGGGGCACGCCCAGCUGGGAGGUGGAGGCUGCGGCGUACUGGGACUCUAUGUUUGUGGCGGGGGUGCGGGCGGCGCUGGUAGCCUCGCAGCACGCGGCGCGGCUGAUGGCGGCGCAGGGCAGCGGCCUGAUUGUGAGCGUGUCGUUUGGCGCUGGUGGCGGCAGCAGCCCUUACCUGGGUAACCUGUAUUAUGAUCUGGCUAAGGCCAGCCUCAACAGGCUGGCCUUUUGCCUUGGCGAGGAGCUGCGGCCGAUGGGCGUGGCAUCCGUGGCACUCUCCCCUGGCCACAUGCGCACCGAGCGGGUGCUGCAGGCAUACAAGACGGACGAGCAGCACUGGCGGGAGGUGCCCGAGCUUGCGGCAGGCAGCGAGACGCCAGAGUACCUGGGCAGGGCGGUGGCGGCGCUGGCUGGCGACGCCGCUGUGCUGCGGCACAGCGGGCAGGUCCUGCUUGUGGCGGAGCUGGCAAGGCAGUACGGUUUUACUGACGUGGACGGCUCCAUCCCACCGCCGUUCCAGCUGCCGGGGGCGGAGUGA